AUGCCUGCGCCAACACCGGCACCGAGCAUCAUCCUGUUUGCUGGGGCUCCCUCGCCGACCUCUUUCAACCCUCAAUCCUGCACUCUCAGCUGCUUCGAGGAGCCUUUCCGCAGCUUUUUUGGCCAUCUUGAUCUCGACAACAACCAUCAGCUACAGAAACGGGACACAGAUCCAGCUUCAGACGUGGAACUUGCAUCGCAACAGACACACGCCGUAUGGCGCUCUGUGCCACUCAACCGCCGCCCUCUUCACACUGGCCUGAGCCAAAACCACAGCAUCCUGUUCGACACCUCUUUUCAAGCUCAUCGUGACUUUUUCACCACCGCAGAUGCCCAAUCCAUUGAUGAGACCCGGCCUAUUGGCGGCGGUGACGAUGGGGGGGCACUUCUAACGCAGUUCUGCGAGGAGUCUCUCGCGGCUCAUGAACUGAUUCCGUCCAGCCAGCUACAGGCAGGUAACUUCAGCAUGGACACGACUGAAGGGACUACCACUACAACAUCCUUCUUGACUGACUCUUCCAACGACGUCUCCCUGCAAGAACAAGGUGUCACCCGGCCGUUACCGACUCCUGUGCCAUCGCAUCUUUCAGACCUGGAAGACGUCCCAUCAGCCAAGCGCAUCCUCGCUCUGGCCCCCCAGACAGUGACGCUCAACUUGAUUGUUGCCGUCAUUUCCAUCGCCCAGCCCCGAACUGUCACGACCCGCUGGGGCACAACGCUCUCCUUGGUGGAGGUGCUCGUGGGCGAUGAGACGAGAUCGGGGUUCGCCGUCACCUUCUGGCUUACCAGUGACCAAGCCACAACCAGCCAAGUGAGCAAACUACGCCGGCAAGACGUUGUUUUGAUGGAAAACGUGGCACUUCACGUCUUUCGCGGCAAGGUCUACGGCCAGAGCCUGCGCAAGAACCUGACGCGGGUGAGCCUCUUGUGGCGGAGCGAAGGCGGCGGUUACUAUCACACAAGAGACCUCGCCAGACGGGCCGCCGCGAAACAUCCCCAGCGAGAGAAGGCGAGGCUCGUCAAAGAGUGGGUUCUUCACUUUGUCGGCAGAGAUGUGGGAGCAGUCACCCGGAAGCGCGCCAGUCGCAAAUCGUGGGAUCAGCCUCCCGAUGAUACACAGUAA